UUCAUCAUAUGUUGGUGUCCCUAUUUUAUUAUAUCCCUACUGCAAGUGUAUCAGGUUAUUAACAACGAUACCAUUGAAAAGAAAAUGACAAUAGUCUUCUUCCAAAUGUUCGCACCUCUGAACAGUGCUAUUAAUCCUAUCAUUUAUGGAGUAUUUAGUACAAGAAUAUGUGGUCACUUAAGGCAAGUUCCAAUUAUAAAUCGUAUUAUCGAGCAUCUUCAGUGCUGUACAUUUUAUCGUAAACGUUGGUCCUAUAGACACAGUCGUAGUGGUUCUGAAUAUGACCAUUCCAAUAACGGUAUAACAACCAAGAAAACUGACAAUGGGGUCACAAAGUCAAAAUGCAUCACGGAAAACGACACGAUUGUAACAUUGCUUCGUUCGAAUAGCGACAAAUCACAGCAACAUGUUUCAUUUACACAACCAGUGACUAACGGAUAUAUCAUGACUCAACAAGCGUCAGCGAAUAAACCAAAAGGUCAUCGACGUCAUUCUGGGUUGCCUUUGGUUAAAAGAAAUAUUACCGAGGAAGAAAACAUAUUAUUAAGAAAUUUGACAAGUAAAUUAAAGAAAAGACAUUGAAGCAUAUAUCGGAUAUUCAAGUUUUUUACUCUUAACUUGCCUGCAAAAUGUAUACAUUAUUCUUUGAUUG